AUGGACCCUGACUCUCCGCCUCUGGGAUGCUCAGGACAGGAAGGGCUUCUGUUUGAUGACCAAGGAAUGGUUCUUCCCCAUAGCAUCCUGGGAAGUUUAGAGGAUUUUAGAAGCUAUCUAGAGGCCAAAGGUGAGACAGAGUUGGUAAAGCGACUACCAAAGUCUCAAAGAGAUCCUCCACGUGGGAGAUAUAAGUGUGAGGCUGUGGAGUGUCAGGUCUCUUCAGAACACAGAAACCUACAGAGUAAUGCCCUGCAGAACUGGAACACACACAUGAGGCAGCGCAAACGACAGCAGGACUAUUUAUCAAACCUGCUCAACAAACCGACCAAGACUUUACUGAUGAACUCGGCAAACAAUUUCAGAGAAGUACAAGAGCAAAGGGAAUUUCUAAACCAAGUCAUGCCGUUCAUCCACUCUGGAUAUGGUUAUCGUGUCGGCAGUGAGUUUUGGAGUCUCCCCCCGCAUUUGGGGGAUGAAAUAAGUGGCAUCACAGCCACUCUGACUCAGACACAGCAGGGCAGAUGGAAACCAGUCACGUAUAUAGGACAACCAAGCAGCAUCUGCAGGGAAUCAAGUGCUGAGACUUCUCGUGCAGCCUCUUGUACUUGGAACCAGAGCUCAUACCUCCAGCACCAGUACCAGCUGCUGGGGGAGUUUUUACAGGACAUGACCAUCCAAAAGCCUGACUUGAGUGUAUUGGAGGUGAUAGGCUCUGGCAAGCCACUCACAUUUAUCACAGAGUGUCAGAGUCCCUUAGUGGAGAAGGAGAUGGAGCAUGAGGAGGAGAUGGGAAAGAGCAUUGAUCCACAGAACAAUGAAGGCCCCUCUGUUCUGCUCAUUCCUGCCCUGAGGUUCUGUGGUCAGCUUGCUCACUGGACUGGAAACUCUGCCACGAAGCAUGGAGAAGUAGGAAUCAGUGCCACAAUAAUCUUUGAGGGUUUGACUGAAGACAUCGCCACAUCCCAUCUGGAGAUGUGCAAUGAAGGCAGCACGGCCAUUUUCUUCAGCUGGCAGCAGCUUCCCAUGACACAAAGCUUUCAUAAUCUGCAAUCGCAAACAAAACACCGAAACUUCUACUUCAAUUCCUCUUCUGGUGUGAUCCUUCCUGGUGACACCCGGCGCGUGGAGUUUAUAUUCAAGUCAGAGAAGCCAGGAAUCAGAACGGAAGUAUGGCAGCUCACCACCCACCCUGUGCUGCUUCAAGGAGCCUCACUACAGGUUGUGUUGAGAGGGGUGUCUCUGUACCAGGACAAGACUUCUGAUCAAAGGCUUUUCAUAGAGAGCAAGCUGGAAAAGAUGAUGACCGUAAAUAUGUGUCAGUCGAUUUUGUGCGAUGUGCUGCGUGGCAUUCGAAGCCCUGAGAGACCCAGCUCUCCUGCUGAGCUCUACGUCACUGAAGAGCAAAGGUUUCUUGAUAAAAACCUAAAGUUGCAGUACCUUUAUCAGCCAGUGGAGGACCUGAAGAGACUGUAUCAAAAAGUAAAUCCAGAGCACACCUGGGACUUCUCUGUUGAUACUCUUCAACAAGCUUUGCUGUCUCUUCCUGAGAAUGCUCAGGACACCAUCACCAAAGAAACGAGCUUGGCUCAGCUCAACUCUCUGCUUGUUGACCUUUCAAAACCUCCUGAACUGAAAAACUGCCAUCUAACAGCAGCGGCUGUCGGGCACCAGCUGUGGGUGGUACUCCUGGACAGGAUGGCAGAUGAGGCUAUGAGCCUUCGAAACCUGCUGGGCCUCCCCGAAAACAAAACAUGGACGUCUACCAGCGUUAACUCCUGCAUGUCUGAUGGCAAUUUAACAACAGGUGAAAUAUUUAAUGAGAAAUCAGUGGAGGAUAGCAAAAAGAAGGGGAAAAAAAAAGAGGAAGUUGGGAAGCGCACCAAAGAAAAGCACGGGAGGGUGACUUCUUCACUGACUGAUUCUGAAAGCAUCGGUCUGCAUCUUUACGAUGACCCAAAUGAGGAACCAGAGGUUUCGGACAUUUACACAAGGCUCCUGCACAAAAAGGUGUAUGCUUUGAUGGGAGACCUGGUGGACGACCUGUGUGGCCUGAUGGACGAGGGGGCAAAGGAGGACACCACAUGGAAAAUAGGAGAUAAGUAAACAGAUGUCUCCAUGUCUGCUGAUACACAUUUGACCAAUUGUUAAGUAUUUGUCACAACCACACAGCUUCUAUUGUUUUGUAGAUUAUUAGAUCACUGCCCAUGAGGUUCACACAAGCACAUUGAAAUAUCACAAAUACUCUUUAGUUACUUUAACAAAACAAAAUAAAUACUGAGCAACUAUUUUGCGUCUGUAUUUCCUGAUCUAACAAGAAUCAGACUGUGGCCUUUUUAAAAAUCUGUGUAGUUUUGCUUGUUUUUCAUGUAAAAAUGUCUUUCUAGUCUUGAUGACCAUGUGAGGUACUAUACUGUACCAUUGUGC